AUGGAGGGGCUUACGCAGGGAACAGCAGGAGAGAGUGAAACUGAUUAUAUGACGCAAAACACACCUGCGUCGCAGAUUGACGGAGAAAAUGAGGAUCUACAAGUCGGCCAUUACAGCAAAAAUCGCAGUGAUAUGGAUGUUUUGGUUGCACAGUUACUUUCUAGAUGGUGGUACGUGUUGCCAGAUUGGCCGCCUGCCAACUAUAACUACCGAGAACAGUUGGAAAAGCGCAGGCUGAAAUGUUAUCCCAUUACUGAGUUCGAGGAUCACGAAAACGUGGAUGCAAAUGGGUAUACAAAGUGCUACCAAAUAUCAGCCUUCCCGGGUGUUUUUCGUGACUUUAAAGGCGUUGCACAUGAUCUGAGACCGCUGGAGGGUAAGCCCUGCUACAACAACUUGAUACAGAAGAGCAAAGAGGAACUCAUCAGUUUGAUCAAGACUGCCAUCAAAAAACAAAUUGAGAUAUUGUCAGCUAGUCAAUAUGACGACAGUGCUCUCAUAAAACAUUUGAAGGAGGUUAGAUGA